AAAGCUCGUAUCGCCGACCCUCCCCGCGGACCGUGAACGCAGCAUGCAUUCAGACAUCGCAGGCAGCAGCAUCAGGAGGAGGAUGGACAGCUAGCAGCAUGUUCCUGAGCACACACAGCAUCCCACAGACACGAGUGGAAGGCCUGCUGUAAUCUUUCUAGGUAGAAAACCAGAGAAGGGGACGUGACCGGAGGGAAAGAUGGACUCGAUGUCUAUGAUGUGUGGCAGCAGGAGCCCCGUGUUCCUCACAGCCUCCUCCUCCCACCACCUCCACCACGUCCAGGACCAUCUGCUGCCCAGCGCCAUGAAGAACGGAGUAGCCGAUAUGGGAAGCUCCUGUCUGCCGGUGCAGCCCACCGUGGCCAUCCUGGGCUCCGGUGACUUCUCCAAGUGCCUGACCAUUCGAAUGCUGCGCUGUGGCUUCCAUGUGGUGGUGGGCAGCCGCCAUCCAAAGCUGGCCGCUCACUCGUUUCCUCAUGUGGUGGAUGUGACGCACCAUGAAGACGCUGUGGGGAAGGCUAGCAUUGUGUUCCUGGCAAUCCGCCGUGAGCACUACCCGAUUCUGUGGGACCUCAAACAUCUAUUGGAAGGAAAGAUCCUGGUGGAUGUCAGUAACAACAGGAGGGUGAACCAGUAUCCAGAGUCCAAUGCAGAGUAUCUGGCUUCACUGCUGCCAGGUUGUGUUGUGGUGAAAGGCUUCAAUGUCAUCUCAGCCUGGGCCAUGCAGCAGAGCUGUCCUAAAGACGCCAGCACACAGGUCUUCAUAUGCAGUGAUUCUGUGGAAGCUCGGCAGCAGAUUAUGGAAUUAUGUCGUCAGCUCAACUUCCAGCCAGUUGACAUGGGCAGCCUGUCUUCUUCUCGGGAUAUUGAGAACAUGCCCAUACAGUUGUUUCCUGGCUGGAAGGGCCCUGUCCUCGCUGCUGUGGCCCUCGCCAUCUUCUUUUUUGCUUACUCUUUUGUGCGAGAUAUAAUCCACCCAUAUGUGAAAUACAAGCAAAGUGACUUUUACAAGAUACCCAUAGAGAUAGUGAAUCGGACCCUGCCCACUGUGGCCAUCACUCUCUUGGCUCUGGUGUACCUGGCAGGCCAGCUGGCAGCUGCCCACCAGCUCUACUAUGGCACCAAGUACAGGCAUUUCCCACACUGGCUGGAAGGCUGGCUGCAGAGCCGCAAACAGCUGGGUCUCCUCAGCUUCUUCCUCGCUGCUGUCCACGUUCUCUACAGCCUCUGUCUGCCCCUGAGAAGGUCUGAGAGGUACCUGCUGCUCAACACUGCCUACCAGCAGGUCCAUGUUAAUGUGGAGAAUGCGUGGAACGAGGAGGAAGUGUGGAGGGUAGAGAUGUAUGUUUCAUUUGGGAUCAUGAGUCUCGGGCUCCUGUCUCUGCUGGCCAUCACCUCCAUCCCCUCCGUCCACAGCACCCUCAACUGGAGAGAAUUCAGCUUCAUACAGUCCACUCUGGGCUACAUCGCCCUGCUCAUUGCUACCUUCCACGGCCUGCUGUUUGGCUGGAAACGAGCCUUUGAGGAGGAGGCCUACCGCUUCUACCUGCCGCCCAGCUUCGUGGUGGCCCUGGCCCUGCCGGUGUGUGUCAUACUAGGGAAGGUCCUGAUGCUGCUUCCCUGCGUGGCCCACAAGCUCCACCAGAUCCGCAGGGGCCUGGACAGCAGUCAGUACCGGUGCCAGCGCCUGGAGCCGGUGGGCUCAGCCGCCCACAUCUCCCCUGAGAGAGUCACCAUCAUGUAGUCGCUGCUUCUGUUGGGGUUUUUACAUCCUCUGCUACAGCUAGCUGCUUUACUGGACCUGAUGACCAGUGUUUAUCUGUGUGAUUCUUGUUGAAAGGACAUGCUACUCUCACUUUGUUAAUGUGAACUGUUUUUUUCUGACAUGUGCUUUCUGUACUUGUGUACUUAGAAGCUGUAACCAUUCACUAGAGCUACGGAUCCAGUAUGGCCGUUAUGUUACAGUUGUUUGCCCUUCAAAAUUUCAACACUGAAUAUUCUUCUGCUGACAGUAUCUAGUCUGUAUGCUCCCAGUAUUUAAUCAGUACUCUGAUCAACUGUAAGUAGAAUCAGUGGUUUACUGUCUUAUAUGACCCUAGAGGAGCUUUGUCAUGUCUGAAAACAUAAUUUUAAUGAUGUCAUGGUGAUGUCACGGAGGGCGGAGGAAGUUGAUGGCAGUGUGAUCCUGAACUGAAGCAAAUUUCAUUCAAUAUAUGUUUUUAUUCUUACAGGUCCUAACAUAUAAUGUCAUCUGGCAGUAGUUACAGGGCAGAACUUUAUUUACCAGGUUGGACAAUAUUACUAGCUGCUAUCAUCACCUACAAUGAUGAAAACUGUUCUAUUUCUGGUCUCACUUCAAACUAUAAAGAAAUGCUACCAGCUGUUGUGUUUUUCUGUCUGUUAGGGCUGUUUUCCAGUACUACUGAAUAUUGUGUCUGUAUGUCCUACUGUGAGAGCCAUGACUUCAACAAGUUAAGACUUUACCAUGCUAUUCUUCUAGUCUUAUUCAUGACCUAGCAUUCAGGCUGAGCAGACAGAAGGAACACUGGCUAAAUGUGGUGACAUCAGAACUGUGAAUGUCUGGAUGCGUUGUAGAAAGAAACCGCACAAACAUUCAAAGAAAUAAAUACAAAACUUAGGGAACA